GCACAGAUCAAGUACAGAGGCAGGCUCUCUACGUCCCUGGAGAAUCUAGCUGGGGUAGGAGCUGAAUCUCAGUGCAGCUGACUCUAUAAAUGAGUGGAAAAAUAAUCCAGAGCGGGAGAGGCUGUGGGGAGACGAAAGCUCAUCUGUCCUUACAGAUGAAAUUUUCUUGUUCUCGUCUGUCCUGAAUGUUUCCCCAGCAUGAAGACAACACACUUACUCAUUUUGGUGGGAUUUAUGGCAGAGUUUCAAAUCUUCUCAAGAGCUUCGUCUCCAGUCCACUGCCAGUGGGACUCCUUUGGCCCUUGGUCAGAAUGUGAUGGCUGUACCAGGACACAGACCCGAUGGCGAUCAGUUGCUGUUUAUGGGCAGUAUGGAGGCCACCCAUGUGUGGGAAGUGCUUUUGAAACACAAUCCUGCAACCCCGAUCUAGGCUGUCCAGUUGAAGAGGGCUGCGGAGAACGUUUUAGGUGUUUCUCUGGUCAGUGCAUCAGCAAAUCAUUGGUUUGCAAUGGGGAUUCUGACUGUGAGGAAGAUGGUGCUGAUGAAGACAGAUGUGAGGAUGCAGACAGCAGACCUUCCUGUGACAUUGAUAAACCGCCUCCCAACAUAGAACUUACUGGUAAUGGUUACAAUGUGCUCACUGACCAGUUUAGGAACAGAGUCAUCAACACCAAAAGUUUUGGUGGUCAAUGCCGGAAAGUGUUCAGUGGGGAUGGAAAAGAUUUCUACAGACUGAGUGGAAAUAUCCUCUCUUACACAUUUAAGGUCAAAGUGAGUAACGAUUUUAACUAUGAGUUUUACAACAGUAGUUGGUCUUACCUAAAGCACACAUCCACGGAACAUACAUCAUCUAGUUCAAAAAAGGUCUUGUUUUUCUCUUCCUCAUCUAAUAAGCACAGUUAUAAUCCAAAGACCAAGGAUAUCUACAUGAAAAAGAGUUAUAAAUUGUUGGUUGUUCAGAACAGUGUUGAAGUGGCCCAGUUCAUUAAUAAUAAUCCUGAAUUUCUACAACUUGCUGAGCCAUUCUGGAAGGAGCUCUCCCAUCUUCCCACUUUGUACAACUACCCUGCCUACCGACGGUUAAUUGACCAGUAUGGGACACAUUAUCUGCAGUCCGGGUCCUUAGGAGGAGAAUAUAGAGUUCUAUUUUAUAUGGAUUCAGGAAAUACCAAACACAAUGAUUUGGAAUCAGACACGGGGAAAGAAUGUUCUUCUUCGAAUUUGUGGCUCUUUGUUGUAUCCUCAUCAAAAAAGAGAUGCAAGGAACUGGAUGAAGCUUUUAAAGCAACUUCAGGAACCCAGGGCAGUAAGCUUCAAGGAGAACCAUUUAUCAGAGGUGGAGGUCCUGGCUUUGUAGCUGACCUUAGUUUCCUGGAGCUGGAUAAUCCUGCUGGAAACAGACAGAGGUACUCUUCCUGGGCUGAAUCUGUAACCAGUCUUCCCCAAGUCAUAAAACAAAAGCUGACGCCAUUGUACGAGCUGGUCAAGGAAGUGCCCUGUGCCUCUGUGAAGAGACUGCAUCUGAAGCGGGCUCUUGAGGAGUACCUGGAUGAAUUCGACCCUUGCCAUUGCCAGCCUUGCCAGAAUGGUGGCCUCGCUACUGUCGUGGGGACACAGUGUCAGUGCCACUGCAAACCAUACACAUUUGGUAUGGCAUGUGAGCAAGGAGUCCUCGUCGGCGAUCAAGCAGGAGGGGUUGAUGGAGGUUGGAGCUGUUGGUCUUCUUGGGGCCCCUGUGUUCAAGGGAAGAAAUCAAGGAGUCGAGAAUGUAAUAAUCCCCGUCCCAGUGCGGGUGGCAAGGCCUGUAUUGGAGAAACAACUGAAAGCAGGGAGUGUGAAGACCAGGACUUGGAGAACUUGCGAUUAAUUGAGCCACAUUGCUUUCAUUUGUCUUUGGUUCCAAAAGGAUUCUGCCCAUCACCCCCUGCCUUAAAAGAUGGAUUUGUUCAAGAUGAAGGUACCAUGUUUCCUGUUGGGAAAAACAUAGUAUAUGCUUGCAAGGAAGGGUAUUCCCUUAUUGGAGAUCCUGUAGCCAGAUGUGGAGAAGAUUUACAGUGGCUUGUUGGAGAAAUGCAUUGUCAGAAAAUUGCCUGUGCUCUACCUGUACUGAUGAAUGGCAUGCAGAUUCACCCCCAGAAGCCCCUUUACACGGUCGGUGAGAAGGUGACCCUCUCCUGUGCAGGUGGUAUCCUUGAAGGUCCUUCAGCGUUCCUCUGUGGCUCCAGCCUUAAAUGGAGUCCUGAGCUGAAGAACACCCAGUGUGUGCAAAAAGACACCGCCACUCUGCCACCUGCAGCUCCUGCGUGUCAGCCCUGGGAGAAACUGCAGAACUCUAAAUGCGUCUGUAAAAUGCCCUAUGAGUGUGGAUCCUCCUUGGAUGUGUGUGCUCGAGAUGAGAGAAGCAAAAGGAUCCUGUCUCUGACCAUCUGCAAGAUGCAUGUUCUCCGCUGUCAGGGACGAAAUUACACUUUAGUUGGCAAGGACAGCUGUACCCCACCAGCCUCAGCUGAGAGAGCUUGUGGUGCGUGUCCACCCUGGAGCAAAUGUGAUGCUCAGAACAGCAAAUGUGUCUGCAGAGAAGCAUCAGAGUGCCAGGAAGCAGAGUACAGCAUCUGUGUGAGCGUGAAUGGCAACGAGGAGACGAUGUCUGAGUGUGAGGCAGGUGUCUUAAGAUGCAGAGGACAGAGCAUCUCCAUCACAGCCAUAAAGCCCUGUGCUGAAGAAGCCCCGUAGGACCCAGGAGCCCCUGGUCCUCUUCAUCAGAAUCUAGUGAGCAAGGGAUGCUAAGUUAAAACAUCUGUAACUGGUACUUAGAUACUUUCCCAACAUAAAGGCACCAUCUUUUCUCCUUCCCCUCCAGCACAUAAUCUAUAUAUUUCACUUCUGUGUCCAACCGCUUGUGCAAACAAACCCUUUGUUUUCCCAAACCUUAGUCCAGACUUUUUUCCUUUACAAGUGACAGUGUGAAGAACAUUCAUGAACCAUGGCAUGAGCUAUUUGUGAGUUUUUGGAAAACUGUGUUGGGCUUUGAUUUUUUUUGUCUGCAAAAUUACAGAAUGGAAUUAGAGACACUUGUGUUCCCCAUUCAUCCCUGUGAUUCCGUUAAGUAUGAUUGACCCAGUCUGUGGGCCAGUGUGCCUCCUGUGGAUUGAUUAGGAAAACAGAAAGAACAUAAUUUCCUGAUUAGCAAGGUUGACUUUUCCUCAGUGAAAUCAAACACAUACACACACAUACAUUGGAAAAAACAGACAGAUGCAAUUAUUUCCAUCCUGAGUGCUUUGCCCCACAAAGUCAAACCCACAUGUGGGAUCCUUAUUCUUGUUAGAAGAUUGAACCACUUAAAUGUCAGAGCAGAAUUCAUCAUGCAAUGGUCACAGGGCACCGUCUGCCUUCUUGUCUGAGAACAAAUAUGAUUCAGUCUCUUGGGAGGUUUUCUUCAGUAUGUGUCAAGCAAGCACUGAAAUCACUCUGUUUUUGAAGGAAGCAUCAGUUUAUGCUAGAGCCAUUGAGUGAUGCAUAUUUGAGAAUAAUCUCCCCUAAUGUGGUUACUCUCCUAGAUUUUUCCAGAAGUACACAGCUUGAAACAUAGGCAUUUGUUUUAUUUCUUAUUCAUCUUUCAUCAAAAAUAUACAAAAAUGCACCUGUCGAAGGUGAAGUGUGUGGGCUUAAGUAGAAUUUAAAAUAUGCACAAACACUAUGUAUUUUUUUUUUUGAGGCUGAUAUAUUUCAAACAAACAUUAAGUUGCUAAGAGUUAGAAAACUUAUCCAAGAUGCUGUUCUUUAGAUUCUUUGAAGUGUAUAGUGUUUGAUAUGACUGAUUCAGGUUUAGCUUUUUAUACUAGAAUUUCCAUUGAGGGUUGCUGCAGAUGUUAACAUAUGGGAGAUAUAGGGAGGUGGGUUUCAUUUAUUGAAAACAAUCACAUGUAAACAUGUUAACCACACUGGUUAGAGGAUGCCAUGGAUUUGAUUUUCUACACUGGGUAUUGGGAUAGAUUUAAAAAUGUCAGGGUUGCCUGUUGACCCUGUUUAAAGAAGAACUAGAUAAGGAAUCAUUUAGGAGAAUUGAUCUCAACAUUCUCCAGUCUUUUCCUUAUUUACUUGUCUACUCUGGAAUUAAAUUUCAGCUACUUAUGAGCACUUCCAAUGUGGAAAUCCAAAUUCUCAAUUGCUUUAAAACUUGAAACCUACUGAUGACCCUAAUGGAAAUUUUCCACAGGUGGAAAAUUACACCUCAUCUCAUAGUGACAGGUCACAAUCAAAGUGCUAAACAUGUUGUCUAAAAAUGACCUCCAGGUUAUGCAAAAUAUAAAUGAAUUCUGUCUUUAGAUUUGGAUCCUAGUCUCCUAAAUAUCUCACCAAGUACAUGCAAAUAUUCUAAUAUCCAAAUAUAUCUGAAAUUGCAAACUCUCCUGGUCAAAACCUUUUGGAUGAGCACAUUUAACGGCUAAGGUAUCUGGGAAAGAGGUUUCAACAGCAUUCUUGGAGGAGACACAGAGGACUGAUGAAUCACUGUGAAGAAUGGAAGGAGGGAAGGUGGCUGUUGAUAGGUAUUUUGAGAUACUCUAUUUUGUAUCUCCCUCCUGCCCACCCCCCACCGCCUUGAACAUUUUUAUGCCCAUUGACCUUUCCUCAAGUCAGGCAGGGACAUUCACAGUUACCUACAAAGAAGAAUAAGAAUCGUUGUAACAGGUGUUUAAGAAGAAAGUUAUUUUUGAUAAUGACUCAUUGAAGAUGUUUUGAAAAUUUAAAAAUAAGCUCUGUAAGCAGAAGUCUGUGAGGAAAGCGAGAAGAAACUGUUUGUGUCAUAAAUAAAUAAAAGUAAAAAGGAACGAA